UAAUUCUGGAGUUUUGUUGUCCUGUUUGUGACCUUUUAUACAUUCUUUCUUUUUCUCUUUAAUGUUUAAUCAUAUGUUUCUUUCGUUUCGAGUGCAGGAAGUAGAACAUAGUGCAGCUGUACAAGACGUCGAUCAGCGAUGAACAUGUGUAUUUUGACAGAAAUGAACAGAAGAAUGUGAGGUAACGCGCGUGCAUGGGUAUAACCUAUGACGAAUUUUGAAAUUUUAUAACUCUAUUAAUAGUAAAAAUCUAUAAAGAAAAGAACUACAGUAUUUUUUACGUCGUUGUUAAAUAUUAUUGAUGAAAAUGUAUCCGUCGUGCAACUUGGUGGAGUCGGUCAUCGAUGAGGUUGCCUUGGAAGGGUUGGACGGCAUUACUUUACAAGCAUUAUGGCUACGAUUAGCAAAUAAAUGGAAUGAACAGUUACCAUUCCCUAAGCCUUUUAUGGAACAGAUAUGGUUAAUAUGCAGAAAAGUGAAAGACUUCCUAUUUUAUAAAUUGGAAACACCUAGAGAACCACUUGUGAUAUUUGAUCGUUAUGAAUUUGUGCAUCCUGAUCUUGGCAUUAUACUUGAACCACCAAACGUUCCGCUAGAUAUUUAUCCUCACUGUCCUAUCCAAGAUGUUAAGACAGGUGUGAGAGGAUCUUGUUCCACAUAUUACACAAGGAAAGAUAUUAAAGAAGAUGUUAAGAACGCAAGUUUAGAUGAGGUGACAGAAAAAUAUGGACUAAGUUUAGUGAUUGUGGCAUCUCAGCGAGUUAGGACACGAGCUUUGAUAGGUGUCGACGUAAGUCCAACAUUAGAACUGACAAUUAUGCACUACUGCUUCCUGGAGAGAGUAGGACGAUCUCGGUAUCAUGGUGAGGUCACUCAAGGCAAGCUCAGCUUAGCUGCACUUAAUGAGAAUCCAAAGACAUUGUUUUAUCACCGAAAGUUUCUGCUGCAGCACAAGCUGAUUACAAAGCAGAUCCACCAUCAGAAGAGCGCUGGUCAUUGCAACAGUGGUAGUCUCUUGCAUCUAACGCGUUUCUACGUGGAACGAAAACCGAAAAUGAUCUACCUGGCUGAACAGGUACUCGAUAUUCUACGAUCCAAAAAACAGGGCGUAGCUGAAUAUGACGAGAUUAAGAAGAAACUUGGAAUUGAAAAUUCUAUAAAGAAAUUGUUCAAAACUUCCUUCUUUCAAAAAAUCGUGAAGACUGAUAUUUGCGUGUUGUAUAGAACCUUGUAUCCUAAUGCAGAACCCAGUGAGUGGCGACAAAAGAAUGAUCCUACAAAAGAGAAAAAGAUUAGAGUCGUGCAGGUAUUAUAUCCGGAUGUCGAAGUUGCUGAUUUAUGGAACAAGGAUGAAAAAGAAGAGGACGAAGACAUUGUUGAAUUGGAUGUGUCUAAUCAUAAACUCAAUGUUCCUUAUCUGCAGCAAGCAAACGCUAUUAUUGAAGCUAGUAAAUCGGAAGGUAUAUCUCAAGCUGAUUUGGCAAGGACGAUGGGUCUCACCAAAUUACAGUCUAGAUCAGUUCUGAGGAAUUUAGUAAAGUCGCGUAUCAUUGCAACAUACAUGAACGAUAUUGGCCGGCAAAGGAUUUCAAAAUAUGUAUCAAAGGAAUUCGAGAAACGUAGCAAGUUGAGUAAGCAAUUUAACAAAGAAGUUCGCAAGAUUAAGGAGCUCACUAAGAAAAUAACUAACAACGAGAAGAAUGUGGACAAUCAAGCGUCUUUGCAAGCAGAAAACGAAAUGCAUCCUACGACCCACGAAGAUGAUCAAACAAGCAAAAAUCUUGAUUAUGUUGAUAAAAUUAAUACUGAUGCACCAGAUAUUGAUGAAGAUAGAAAAGAUGAAAAAGAAAAAGAUAAAUAUGCACAUGCAAAUUAUACUACUAACAAAGAAAUGGAGUUGAAAAAUUUGUUCUACACAGUCAAUAGAAUUUUGCACAAGUACCAUUUAUCAAAAUUUCUAUCUGAAUACAAGUGCACGUCGAAAUCUUUAUUAAAGAAGAUAAAGAGUUCUGAUGUGAAGACGAAAAAUUCCAAUGCAAAGGGACAAAAAACGAAAUUUGAUAUUUCAACUAUAAAUAUGCAGCAAAUUGUGAAUGAUGCCAAAGCCACAUCAUUUUAUAAUAGUAUAAAAGCGAAUUUAGUAGCGCAAAAGCCCAUUCGCACGGGGAAAGGAGUUAGCGAAGUCUUUGGUUUUAUGGAAGCUGUGCAGAACAAUCAGAAGAAAAAUGCUAAUAUUUCAUACAGAUUGUUAAAGCGUGCCAAUAUGAUAAUUGAGGCAGUGAAAGAACAUCAAGUGAUUGACGAUACAUCGAAACUCACGAAGAUGAUCUGUCAGGAGGAAGAUAAAGAGGGUUACAUUGUGAAGAUUGACAAGAAAUCUCUCAUCAGGCUACUGCAGAAACUUGCCAAGGAUAAUCUGGUGAAGAAUAUUAAAUUGACUUUAAGCGCAAAUGGACGUGAGAAGAAUUUAAUGUUUAUUUGCGAUCCCAACAUCGAUACUGAUCAUACAUUGAUCAAGUCAGCCGUUGAGCAAGCAAAGGUCAAGUUUUGUUUAUUGGCGUCUCAGAAGGGAAAGAUUACGAAGAAAACAAUGGAAAAGCUGGACUCUAUCAAAUCAUCAGAUUCUAAGGAACAAUUAAAUGAACUCCAUAAGACAGCAUCUAAGUCGCAUUCCGCAAAUCAUAAGUAUGAUGCUAAAGCUGGCAAACGUUAUGGUCUCAGCCCGAAAUUCAUCAGGAUGCGGACGAUGCAUCUUCUGCUCUUCUAUCUGGUUUACGAUCAUCCUGGUGUACCCACAUCGUCUCAACAAAAACAAGUGGAAAUUCUCAAGUUUAAUGGAUAUGAAAUUGAUGACGAUCUCAUCAAGGAGUUCAGCACUAUUUACAACAACGAUGUAAAUUGGAAGAUGUUUGUUCCACCUUUGCCUAAACACAACGGAUGGCCCGAAGGGUGGGCACUGAUGUGCGACGUUCUAUUAGGGAUGCCCUUGUCGAUUUUUACCAAAGUACAUAAUAUCACCUUCAUGAUCCCGGAGUUGGAGCAUUAUUUAAAUCAUCCAAUCAAGAGACAUUAUCUCGUUAAGAACCUUCCGGUCACCAUACGCAAUACGCUUUUGCAUGCGCGAAAGUAUAUAUUCAAUAUUCAUGAUACCAUAACCAGAUUGGGUUACAUCGGCCUGGUCCAGUUUGGUCCGCAGAGGCUAAAAGAUAAAGAUCAAGUGUUCAUCUACAUAAAUCGGCGCACGGAAUUGAUGGAUACGACGUCUUCGGCACCGGGCUAUCACAAGAUUGAAGACAAGUUAUAUCCCGUGACUAAGUACUUCUUCAAUCGCAUACAGGCCGUUGAGAAAUAUUGGUACGAUAUGUGGACCAUUUGCGUUAAUACGCUACUUGGUGGUAGGCAGGCGGUACACGGCAAGGACAUUCUACUUGAGGAAUUAACCAAGAAGAGUGACAUGAUAAAAGCUGUUAAAGAAUGCAAAAUCAAAGAGGCCGAGGAAAGGGAUACCGGUGCAGUUCCAGGAGAUCGUCAAGGAGCGGCUGGUAUCGACUCGGCUUUCUUCGCGCAUCUAAAACGCAAUUGGAACUGGUCAAUCAAUUAUUCUAUACAUAAUCAGUCUUCUAAGAAUCAGGGAAAAUCUAACAUAGGCCAACGGGAUUUGCAUUUAUCGAAAAUUCAAGCAAAGCCAGUUAAAUAUACGGAGUACGAUGGUCUGAAAAAGAUUUCGGGGCCGCCUCCGCCGCCUACUGUCAACGCAACUGAAUUGCGAAAGAAAGUGCACGAUUAUCUCAAGACUGGAGGGAGGAAAAACGAGGCUCUGACAUCACAUCACUCCAGCAGACAGAAAUCCUUCGUACGGCGUGUGUUGCCGCGCAAAAAAAGUGUACGGAAGCCUCGUCUCAAGUACGACGAGGACGAUUAUCGGGCGAUGCAGCGAAUGGAUAAGCUGCGAGUGGAUUGGGACUCUCACGAAGAUAAUAUUCUGCUGGUGUGCAAAGUAGCGACGACCUAUCUGUCGCCGAAUCCGCGCAAACAGAUGGUCAGCUUUAUAGCGAUACGAGAUGUAUUGCGAAUAUAUUCUUAUACUUCGUACAAUAAGACCUCACGCGCCUGUCAGCGUCGUUUAGUGUACAUGCUGCGACAGUCACGUACAACGAACAGCGUCAUGUUAGGCGUCGAGGAAAUCAAACAAGAUCCAUACGUUGACAGGCGAUACGGCGGCAUAAUGGACAAACUAAAGGGCGAGUGUUCAAGCUCGGCAGAGUACGAGAAACGAGUGACUGAGGUUUUUAAGGAGCUUGUUGGCUAUAUUGUUAAGAAGUAUUACGACAUUGCGGAAAUUAAACCAAAGAAGCACAUGGCGAUGCCCAAGACAGUGCAGGAAUUUAAUCUUCUCUUCGAGGUAUUCCAUCCGAUGAAACCGCAUCAUAAUCAGGGCUUCACGAAGGAUGUGAAAAGCAUAAAUGACAUUCAUUCAGCGACUAUUAAUUCUAUUAUACACAGUUCCAUGUGUUGCGGAAAGGAUAGGCGUUCUUGGGCUUAUCAUCUCUUCAUGGUAUACCAGCAUUAUUCGGAAGCUCUUUUAAAACAAGCAAUGAAUAAAAUCAGAUCGGAUCAGUUGGUGACUGUAAAGAAGCAUCACUUGGCGUCUAUUAAGAAAUAUGGCAACUGCAUGCCGAUGAGCAACUCGCAGUAUCAACUGAGUAUUAACUACAUUUACAAGUUCCAGACUAAAUGGACUUAUGAUGUCUUCAAGGAAACCUACGAUGUCUUCGAGAAAUUAUUGCAAUGGUAUUCUGAGCACAAAAACAGCGAACAGGAACAAGAAACAACAUUUAACGGUAUUGAGAUUCCAGUUUCCAGUGGCAUCGUUUGCGUCAUGCAUGAUCUUUUAGCACGCAGUCAAAUCGACUUUGACAUUGAGAUGCCAGAUCAAAUUAUUAUGUUGGAUGCGAGAUAUCAAGGUAAGGACGAAACUUAUUUCAGAGCUGCCCAAAAGUAUCAGGAUAUUUUGACAAGACUUUACUGCUUUAAAUUUGAGAAUGUUGCUGCUCAGAAGGCUGCAGAGAAGGCCGCAGUUUCUGUAUUUGAAACGGAAGAAACUUCUCAUGAAAUAAAAGAUUCUUUGAAAAGGAGGAAACCUGAGAAUGAUGGUCCUGAAGAACCAAAAUCAAAAAUCUCUCGUAAAAACGAGGAAAAUAGUGGAAUAAAAGAAGGAAACCAAAUUGAUCAAAAUGAAGAUACAUCAUUCAACAAGAAACGAUCACUUGAUGAAAGUGACAAACGCGAAGAGACGAAUCUAAAAGAUCAUUCUCAUGAGCAAGAAAGUAAGAAAAAAACUCGUGCAAAACGUUUAUCAAGAAAGAGAUCUGCCAUUACUGAACAGGAUUUUACGGACAAUGAAGACCAAUUCUUUAAGAGAGCAAGACUAAACUCUGAGGAUUCGCUGGAUUUUGAGAACUUAGAAGAAAGCGAGGAAUCAAGGCUUCUCGAAGAGGAAUGUGAACGAUUGUGCGAAGAUUUUGACAGCAUCGAGAAACUAUUUCCGAUAAAUGAAUUUAAGGAACAAACGGAGGAAGAAGCUUCUGCGAUGCAACCGAAUAAUAUAAUCGAUAUGACUUCGGUUCCUCGACGUGUCAGUGAGAUUAUCAAGAACAUAUUGCCUGAAACGAGCUAUUUUAAUUAUCACACUAAGAUAGAAGAUACAAGCGAUGUUCAGAAAAAAUACACUAGGAUAGCCAUGCUAAGGAUGAGAGAAGAAUUAGAUGAUCUCUCAGUAACCGACAGUCAUCAUGCGCACGAAUACUUCGUGGUUAAUAACUUCAGAAUGUUCUAUAGCUUGGAGACGUUACCGUCUUUAGCUACAGAAGCAUCUGUAGUGCCAUUAAACGUUGAGAAUUUUAAAGGUCAUUCUGUGCCUAGUCAAUUAAUACCGCUAAAAAUCAAAACUGUAAAUGAUUUUCUCGACGAUUUAAAUCGGGCUGCCACUUUUCCGAAGAGCGGUAUCUCUUACACGGACUACAAGAACGAGAUGAUGACGAAGAAAAAGAAAAUAGCAGUCGACUGGAAAUAUGUCGACGCAGUGUAUGAGUUUGUUUACGAGAGGAAAGAAAUCGGCGCCAGUGUGCAGGAGUUAUUGGAUAAAUUCUUUGAUGAGCAAAAAGAAGAUUUAUACAAAGCGGUUUCACUUUUAGUAGAUAAUUAUGUAUUUUUACGCUCUGGAGUCACUAAACCGCACUAUAUUCAUCAUCGUUACUUGGAUCCUUGGCUGAUUAAUUCCUGUAAGAUACUUCGUCUUGAACAAGAGUCUCUUAUGCCAUUCAAGGACAGUAUAUAUGCGACAAUGCAGCAAGGGAAAACAGCUGAGAUAAAUACUGAUAUGGAAACUAGAGACACGCAUACUGAAGAUGCAAAUAUACCUAAAAAAUAUGAAACAGAUAAUGCGAUAGCAUCGACAUCGUCGGACAAUCAAGAAACCAACGAGAAGAAAAACGAAAAAGUGGGCAAUGACUUAAAUAACAAGGAGAAUGAGACGAAGGAAGGCAGCGAGAUCAAUGAGGAGAGUGGCCCACGUCCGAGAAGAAAAAAGCAAAAGAUACGUUUAUAUCCACAAAAGGACCUACACAAAUCUGCGCAGUCGUUAGAUUUUACAACUGCUGAGAAUAUAAAAGUCGUCAUAAAACCAUGGAUACGUAUAGACGGUGUGGUAAAUCGCAAAGUUCUAGAUCGAAUGUUGGGUGCAAUUCUGAGUUACUGUUUGCUUCAUCCUGGACUUACAAUGGCAAAGAUGCAAAGCAGAUUCGUCCCUGUUCUACAACCCUUUCAUACGCGUGAAUUGGUUGAAAUACUGGUAAAGUUGGAAUGUUUAAAGAGUAAGCUUAUGAAGAAGACGCGCGUUACUCUGUUCUCUCCAUCGCCUGUAAUUAAUCUCAGUGAUUUAACUGCAGAUACCGUUGGUUGGCCCGCUGAAGAUGAAAUAGUACUCGAGCCUACCAUAGAUGCCAUAUUGAAAUUUAGUAUAUUCUUGAGUACGAGAACAUACAGCACAGAUUUUAUGCCAUAAUCAGGAUUGAGAAAUAAUGCGUUAUUUAUAACGUUAUCGUAGCUUUUUUUUAGUAAUGAUCGUUACUUUUGUGAAGUAACUCUAACAUUAAUUAAUCAAACGUUCCCAACCUUGUAUGUGUUCCUGUAAAUAUAAUACAAGUAUGCAUGUGUGUGUGUGUGUGUGUGUGUGUGUGUGUGCAUAUAUAUAUGUAUAUAUCACACUUGUAUUAUUUACAUAGAAAUGUAUUGCUAUAUAUGUACAGUAGGUAUAAAUGAAAAUAUACUGGUCAUAUAUUGUACAGUUUAUAUAUAAAAUACAAUAAUCGUAAUAAUCAUGGCAUAAAAGGUGUGGGUCUGUUCUCGAUGUUAAAGAUCCAGGUUCAAAUUCAUCCAGAAUAUAUUAGAUUUGUAACUAAUCAUUAUCUUCUCGAAGGUAGUAGCAAACCAUCAAGAGUACCUUUAUUAAAACAGUCACCAGCAUCACCAUGGAACAUACAUUGGCAUGCAUGAAUAUAUAUAUACAUUAAAUGGAAUUUAUAAUCUUUAGUCAUAAUAUUAACUUGAGAGAAAU